UCAGUGCAGGAUUGGGAACACUACCAGUAUGCUUCUUCACACAUUGAUUUGCCUUAUUGUUCCAGCUAUAAAAAUCCACCUCACUCACUCCGCGCAUGAUUUGUUUUCUAAUAUUUCAUUAUCGGUGCACCUAGGUGGUCCCUAGAAGUAGAAUCUCAUUUACAAUUUCUGCAAAUUUCUCCAUUUCCUCCGUUCUCUCUCCCAUCCCAAUCCCUUGAUGGUCUACAGUUUAUAACCAGGUUGAUCAGGGGUCAGAGGUCACACGGGUCAUAUUCAAUUCGGCCUCGUUUUUAGUGAAGAGCACCGCCUUCAGUUUGUUUGAGUUUGGGAUUUCCAUGCAUAAUCCUCAUCAUCUUGGACUAAUCUGAGGCCACUGCAUUCUCAUGCUAACGUUCUCAUUGCCAAACCGACGUCACCUCCUCUCUAUGCAGUAGCAUUACUCUACGAGAGGCAAAGUCAGGCACGGAGGCAUUGAAGCUGCUUAAGAGCGAGAGGAGAAGAGGUGGCUGAUGGAGUUGUUUUGCUCCCUGAAAUGCCGGACUGGAAAGACAAGCAGCUGAAUGCAAGUGAAAAUGUCUGAGAGCCUUUUUAUGUGACUUGUGAAAAAUGAGGCUUGAAUGAGUCGGUUGUUUUGUCACUUUUCAUGUACUUUAUGUGUUUUAGAAACGUUUUGAAGCACAUUCUUGUGAUCUCCUUGAUUCUCUUUAUUGGCUAUUGUCCCUUUGAUGUUCAGGAGAAGAAAGUAAAAGUAAUUCAGCUUUUCGAAGAUGGCUGAUGACUUGUGGUGGCUUAUUGAAGGCUUUUCAGGCUUGAACAUUACUUAUUUCCAUAUCAACUAACCAACUGAAAAUGAAAAGUCUAAUAGAUUUAUGUGUGUGCAAGAUAUUUUUUAUACUGUAUAGUAAAAGCUAACUAGUUAAGUCCUACCGAUGCUUCCUUACUGAAAACAGAUAGAGAUGAAAUGAGACUUUCUUAUAGAGUAAGUAAUAGUUUACGGCAUAUUAUUUCAUUAGGUUUGAAGUAUUGCCAUGUUUGAGAAUUCAGUCAAAGCUUGAAUCUCUUUAGCUGUUAAUGUUUGCAUUCUCACGUUCUGUAUUACAUGUCACAAGGAGCCAAUUAGAUAUCACAUUAAAAUAACAAGCAUUUCCAUGGUUACUGUAUUCGUUCAGCUUUAUUUCUAGAUGAUUAAAUGGUUGUACUUAUAAAUAAAUCCCAUUUGUAUUUAUUGAUUUUUUUUUUUUUUUUUACAGGGUGUCUAAAAAUAAUUUUCACAACUUUUAUACUAAAUGGAGGGCGCACGGUGGCUUAGUGGUUAGCACGUUUGCCUCACACCUCCAGGGUUGUGGGUUUAAUUCCCACCGCCACCAUGUGCAUGUGGAGUUUCCAUGUUUUCCCAGUGCUUCGGGGGUUUGCUCCAGGUACUUCGGUUUCCUCCCCCAAUACAAAUGCAUGCUUUGUAGGCUGAAUGUCAUUUCCAAAUUGUCCGUAGUGUUAGAAUCGGUGUGUGAAAAUGUGUGCAGUUGUGCCCUGUGAUGGGUUAGCUCUCCUUCCAGGGUGUCCCUCGCCUUAUGCCUCAAAUUCCCUGGGAUAGAUUUCAGGCUCCCUGCAACCCUGUGUAGGAUAAGCCGUAUGGAAAAUGCAUGGAUGAUACUAAAUGGAGCAUUUACUUGCACACGUUACUAAUUAUGAAAUUUAGACACAGAGCCCAAACGUUUUGUUUUUUUUUUAAAGUAAAAAAAUUUAGACAUUCAUUAUUAGCACUUUUGUGAUGCACAAAACAUCCAAGCAGUAAUCCCAAUGCUGUCAUGUGCACUGCAACCUAUCCACAUCAUUGCUUUAAAUAGCAAUGAAGAUGAGCAAACUAGGCGGAACUUGAUGUUUCUCUAUGUAAAAUGGGAAGAUCCUAGUAUUUCUACACCUCCUGGCUGACUUUUAUAUUGGAUAAAAGUUGUAAAGAUCAUUUCUGAACAUCUUGUUUAUUACUUCCAAAAUAGUAAACAUCCCCAGCCUUAGUGGCAAAUGGCUUUAAAAAAAAAAAAAAAAAAAAAAGCUUUCUGCGUGAAUAGAGUCUCACUUCCCUGAAUCCGCUAGUUGCGUACGUUUCUUUGAUUGCAGUACCCCACACGUCGCCACAUUAGUCAUGCCUGUUUGAGACGUUGGCGCUGUCGGCAUCAUUACAGAUGGAUAUCAGACAGUGUCACCUGACGAGGGGGGAGCGAGGUUGGGGGUAGGGGGGGUCUGGGAUUGUUUAUCUCAGAGGUCUACUGGACUCUUUUCUUCAGUGUUCUCUUUGUCAUUUUGUCCUGUGUGCCACCCAGUAUGAGGGACAACCCCCGCCCUCACAAUCAUCCCUCCCUUCUUGUUUCUUUCCACAGUAAAGUGGGUACUGGGGCUAAUGAUGCAACUGGGACCAUUAAAGGUGGGAAACUGACAGCUCUCCUCUCUCCUCUCAAAGAGUAGGAGACCGACGAUGGGGACAAAAAGAAGAAAGCGGAGCAAUAAAUGGACUAGUCUUAAGCAUUGCUUCUUUUUUUUUUCUUCUUCUUCUUUUCCCGGAGUAGAAUCAGGUUUGGCUCAAAGGGCAGAAUGAAAUCCAGUGGGGAGGGAGGGGGGGAGGGGGGACCACACAGAGAGGAAAGAAACAUGAAGGCAGUCUAUUUGAAGUCCAGCCGUUUGUCUACGUAUUGUGACAGUGUGUCCGUAGGUGUGUGUGUGUGUGUGUGUGUGUGAGAGAGAGAGAAUGAGAGAUACAGUAGUGAAUAGACUAGCCUGUGGUAAGCAGUAGAGAAAAGACCCGGCUUUCCUAUCAAGCUGGCCAAUUAGGUACAGAGCUGCAGAUGAUGUGGCCAGGCUAAAAGGACCCAGCUGUUGGUAUUGGUAUGUUGGCGGAGGCCCAUUCUGUGAUCCAGGCUAUAGGUAUCUCCCUCAACUCAACAUCAGUGUUCCUCAGGUUCACAUUAGCCAUUUUUCACUGUUCAUGCAGCCCAACAAUUUAUCCAUAAAUCUUUCAUUUUUAACAUUUUGCAAAGUUGUAAUCUUAGUAGCUUUGUUGUAUUAUAGCUUAUUUGAAUGGUGCAUGACACAUACUUUGGUGUGGCCAAGCAAAAUAACAUUGAUUUUUUUUUUUUUUUACUUGAUUACUCUCUCUCUCUCUCUCUCUCUCCCUCUCUCUCUCCCUCUCUCAUGUUUUCUUGAUCCACUCUAAACAUGUAGAGUCUGAAGGUGCCAAAAUGUUCAUACGGAAAUGUACGAGGUCCGGUUUAGAAUAAUGAAAACGGGGAGUCCUCCCAGGAGUGUUGGGAACGCUCCUGUUCCUAACUCUGAGCCCUGACAACAGCAGCUGUUUUUGGUGUUGCUGCGAAGCAGGGCUGUACUAACAAAGAAAAAAAAGUUACUGAACUGUACCUUUCCUUAUCACUGGAGUGGUAUUCUUACCUUUUUGUACCUUUGUGUAUCUUUAACCUUGGAAAUGUGGAUAUAGUGUAGCUUUUUAAAAAAUGUGUAUAAAUGGACUGUAAUUGCCUUCUCAAGUAAAGCUUUGAAGGUUCUAUAGCACCCUGUUUUUCUAAGAGUGUAUUACUUUAUUAUAAAAGGUUUGUGUGCUUAGUUUAAAAAUUCCACUUAGUUUUUCCUUUCACGAGAUACAGAUGACCCACAGUCAUGUAGUCAUCAGGCAUAAUGAAUGUUCAACAAAAAACAAUAAGUCUCCGUAGCAGAGGUUGUACAGUCAGUAUAGGGGGCUGAUGGGAGUUUCUGCAGGCUGAUUUUAGUCUCCAGUGACCAUGUUAAUCCUGAACCCUGCACAGCUGACCAGACAGACUAGCCGGCCACUUCUGGCUUCUUUUCCUCACUGAAUGAAUUUUUCCUCUUACUGCAAAAAGACUGUGUAAAAUUUUAAUGAAGGAAGAUGGAUCUCUAGAUACAGCGAAGGAUUCUAGCUGGGUUUUUUUGUGCUAUGCUUAUAGUGUUAGACAUACUGAAUGUGUCAGCAGAUUUUCUUAAAAUGGUGUUCUCUCUACUUACGGUUGGUUGUGUUUUUGUGUUUUGGGUCUGGAAAAGUAGGUCAUGGAGAAACAGAGAGACAGGACAAGUUUUCCUGCUCAGUCGAGAAAAAUCUAGUUAUGAUCCUAGUGUACUAUAGGAGAGCCUGUUUGCGUCUUUGAAGGAAUUUAUAUUUGUACAUGUUUAUAUUGAUUUUCCUGUUUUUUUGGUUUUUUUUACUCUUGUAUUUGAACUGAUUUAAGCCUCAUUGUGUAUUUUAGGGCUUUAAAAAAAUUUUAUUUUAGAUAUUCCAUGGGCAGUUUUUGAGUACUCGAUGAAAUGUGUUUUGUUGUUUUUGUUUUGUUCACUCUAGUACUCUUAAGGGUUCUUUUUGUUUGUUGUCUCUGUAGGAACUCUGAAUGGUUUUAUGUAGAAACUACAAGAGGUUUAACUUUUUUUCAAAAAAGGUUGCAGGCUGUACCGCUGUAAAAAGCUAGACCUAUCAAUUGUCCAAGGAACCAAGAGAACAAGUUGACUAUGUUGGAAACACACCACUAAGUAAAGCUAGCUGUUAAAGGUACAAUUACUAGAAUUGACCAAAAAUAGUUAUUACAUGAGUAAAAAUGACUUAAAUAUAAGUCCAGUCUCUUUAAGGUUAUUUACUGUAGCCUGGAUGAUGCUAAAAGCGACUUCAUGUUUCAUUAUUGAAAAAAAACGAACCAGAUUAACAGGUUGUACUGUUUUGACUAAUCGUACUCUCGGCCAUUGAUCUAUUUUGCGAUGCAGACAGAUGACAAAGGGGAAAAAAAUUAAUCGUGACUUAGUCAGGUGUUGGGACCUUCCUGAGGAACCAUGUGUCACUGUAUAGAUUCUGCAAGUCUGUGAGACUGGAGGGAUGAGCACCUAACUUCCAAAAGAUAUUCCUUUAAAUCAGUGGAGAUCUACCUUCCUGAAGACUCCAACCAUAAUCAUGCCCACGUGCCCAUCUAAUCACUUGCUGCAUCUGAAUAUACCUACUACCCUUCUACACAGUAGGUGAAAAGCAGUAUGCUAAAGGAGUAGUAUGUCCCAAUUCUCAGUAUUCAUAAAACAGGCGAGAAAUAUCCGGAUGACUUUCUGCUUCCACCAAGAUUCUACAGUAUGGAAACUGUGGAUACUGCGCUAUCCCAUAAGGCAACGCGACUGGGGUGGAAAACUGUCGGAAUCCGUGCCGCAUCGUCCGUCCGGAUUGUAUUCAUGCUUACCAUUUAUACUGAUCUGUACGUACUGUAUCGACAGCCGAGCAGUGGGUACUGAAUCUUGUUCUUGAUCAACUAAAACAGGUGUGUUAGAUUUUGAUUGGAGAUGAAAUCUGCAGGAUGGUAGAUGUCAAGGAAGAGGGUUGGUGACCACUGCUUUAAAUGGUGUUUUGAUGAUGGUGGUUGAGAGGUCUGUCUAACACUGGGGUGUCCAGGCUUAUCUGGAAAGCACCGGUGUGGGUGCAGGUUUUCAUUCCAACCUAGCAGAAGCCACGCCUGAGUCUACUGAAAGCCUAGCUCAUCUGAUUAAAACAGGUGGAAUCAGGUGUGGCUCCUGCUUGAACGGAAUGAAAACCUGCACCCACACCGUAACACAAUGGUCCAAAAGCUCCUAUAGAUCAGGUGAGCUCUAGUCACUGUGAAGGCCAUCAAAUCAUUCAGUAAGUCCUCAUGCCCUGUUAAUGAGGACAUUGUCUUCCUGGAAGAGACCAUUCCCAUCAGGAUGGAAAUGUUUCAUCAUAGGAUGAAGGUGAUCAGUCAGAAUAGCUUGGUACUGAUUUUCAGGGACUCUUUCCUCUAAGGGGAAAGUGGACCCAAAAUAUAACACCGAAGGCCCCCAGCAUCAUAAUAGAGCCACCAGAUUUUAUAUACAUUUCACCUGUCAGUAUAUAAAGAUAUACUGUAUGCAGUAGUAUCUCAAAAACCAAUGGCCUCAAGCAAUCCUUUUUCAUUUCUUGGUCUAUAGGGUGGCCCAUUUUGCAAAGGCGUUUAUUCAGAGGUUGACUCUCAUAGCUUGCCCGAUUUGCAUUGGUUUCUAAUCCCACUUGAAGUUGACCAGUGGAAUUGCAAUUGCAUUCCUGCCUCUACAGCGCUGUGCUGUGUUCCAUCACUGUAGUGUCCCUUGUGUAGACAUCAUUCGUGAUAUGUUCAUUUCAGUGCCCCUUGGGUCGCUGCGGUCUGUGUGUGUCCAAUGCUGUCGGCAUGUAGCUGCUGACAGGUUUAUUAAAAAAAGAGCGUGGCAGACAGCAGGCGAGCUGGCCACGGGCCACCGAGAUCUGACUACUGCUGCUCCGAGACCUGCAUCAUGGCUGCGUGCUCUCGCUCCCUCUGUCGGGUCACGCCUGUACAGUUUUAUCAAAUGGGAUUCGUUUUCCGGAGCAUCUUUCCAGGGUUUAUUCCCUAUGGUGUAUUUGGUGAUGCCUGUACAGCUACUCCAGGCACAUGAAGCUACUAUCUGGCACUUUUUUUGUUCUACGUGGAGUAUUUGUUUUUGGGGGUUGUUUUUUUUAAACUCUAGUUAUCAGCAAUUAGAGUGAUUGUUCUUUGAAGAUUCAGGUGUGGUGUUUGCAGUAUUUCAGCAUUGUUUAGAAGUGGUGGAGGUUCCAUCAGGUGGCUCGUUAGCAGAAGGCUAAUAAUGUUAUCGUAAUCAUUAGGAGUCACAACAGUGGCCAUUUUGGGAGUUGCUGUGCCUGCUGUUCUUCCUGUUGAGCCUGUGUGUGUGUGUGUGUGUGUGUGUGUGCCGGUGUGGGAGGCUGGCAUUAAACCUAGACAUUACCUCACCCUACUGGGCAGACGGCCCAUGACGAUGCUCAGCAGGCUGCGGGAGAGAGCAGGGGGGGAGGAAAAAAACUCAAUACCUGCGAGUAUGUGGUGAAGACGAUGCGAGUGGCGCGGAGAGCCGGUGGAAGUUGUCGCUGUGGCGAGCUCCAUGCAGAACCAGAGCGGAGCGGCUAGCGGAAGCGGCUACGGCUCCAAUGGCGCCUGCGUGUGUAACUGCACCGGAGCCCAAGUUCAGGGAAUGGACAUAUCUGAAUUGGAGUUUGUGCAGAUAAUAAUCAUAAUCGUGGUGAUGAUGGUGAUGGUGGUGGUGAUUAUCUGUCUUCUGAACCACUAUAAACUCUCGACGUGGUCCUUGAUGAGCAGGCUGGGCCAGGCCAGGAGGCAGGAGCACCCACUGCAGCCGGAGGGAUGUUUUUGGCCAUCAGAUAGUGGAUCCAGACAAGGAGCUUCAGAGGUGGUGUAUGCUCCUCAUCCUCGUGAGCGCUUCAGCACUCCCUCAUUCCUGCAGCGAGAUCGUUUUAGCCGUUUCCAGCCUACCUACCCUCUCCUGCAGCAACACAUCGACCUGCCGCCCACCAUCGCACUUUCGGAUGGAGAGGAGCCGCCGCCGUACCAGGGCCCGUGCCCGCUGCAGCUGCGCAACCCCGAGCAACAGCUCGAGCUGAACCGCGAGUCCGUGCGAGCACCACCCAACCGCACGGUCUUCGACAGUGACCUGAUGGACAGCCAUGGCCCGUGCCCACCUAGCACCAACACAGGCGUCAGCGCCGCCAACUGGAGUGCCCACGGACGCACAGAGGGCCCUCCACCUGCCUACAGCGAGGUCAUGGGCCACUACCCAGGCACGGCGUUUUACCUUCACCAGCACAGCAAUAACCAGUCCUCCUCCGUGCCAACUGUGCCCGGUGCCAGGACGCGCCAGGGCAGCACGGAAAGCACAAUAGUCCUGAGCAAAGCCAAGGACAUGCAGAGAGGGGAGCUAGUGUAAGGUCGGCUCUCCGUACCCUCUCCGCUUACUGGCUACAAAGGGGUGUGGCCACUCUCUGGACACUCCCAUGCACAACAUAAAAUGUGUCUGUCUUCACUACAAAAGCAAAGCCACAUUACAAGAAGGAACCAAGCGGAGCAAAGCUUACAAAAUAACAUUUUAUUGACUGUCUCUCUCAUAAAAAGACAUAGCAAAGCUUUGUAGCGCUAUUUUGUACUUGUGUAUUACAUUCAAAUGGGAGAUGAUGAUAUUAGCACAUAAGCUUUUUUUUUUAUUAUUAUUAUUAUUGUUUUUAUUUUAAUUUUUCCCCCCUUUCUUUUUACUCCUUUUUUGGUCAUGUGCCCUACAAAACACCAAGACUGCACAAUCUGCAGGUUUAGGAUGGGAGUUGAGGUUGAGAAUAAGUUUUCCAAGACCAUGAUCUGUACACAAAUAAGAAUUUUUUUUUUUUUUUUUUUUAAAAAGUAGUUGAAACAAAAAUCCAAAUCCUAGUGCCAAGGUUUUUGUGUGUGUGUGGGGGGGGCCUGGCGUGAGACUCGCAAUCAUACGUUCAAAUCAAAUCACACAAAAGUUGCACUAUCUAUAUUGUGGGGAAAGAGAAGAGGCAAAUGUAAUGCAUGGUCUUUGUUGUUAAGGAAACUCCAAAGCUGGUGAUCUGUAGAAGCGGUAGGGUAUUCUCCUUACUUCUGCACAAGAGUUACUUAUAUCCAGCCUAAAAAUCCUCCUUCCCAGCUCUUAGUCCUCCUCAGUCUUUCAGACACUUUGACACCUCUUGAGGUCAGAUAUAUGCUAACAGAAUGUUACUUUCACUUAAUAUUGUCACUUUACAAGCAGAAAUGUUAUAAGGUUAUAAAGUAAUUACUUUUGUUGAGUGUAGCCUUUUUUUUUUCUUUUCUUUUCUUUUUUUUUUUUUUACAUAAAGUAUCUAACCAUCUGAAAGACUCUCUUUCUCCUGUAGCAGUGUUGAAAUCAUUUUGUUUCUCUCUAAUAGGCUUAAACCACACACGAUGAGGGAAAGGUGUCAUGGUCGUGCUUUUAAAGUUAUUGAUUUAUGAACUGCAAUCCUUUAUACGUGUUGCACUUGGCCCGUGACAAAAACCAAAACGGCAUUUAUUUCUCAUCAGAGUGAGCGUUUGAUGGAUGCGAGGUGUUUUAUCCUGUGCUUUGUUCAGCAUGGAUGGAAGCUUCUCUUGGCUUUUCCUUACUUGAAAUGGCUAAUGCUGCCCAUUCUUGCACUCUUUCACUUUCAGUCCCUUUCUUGCCACAGAUCCCCAUCUGUACAGCGUUGUGAUGGAUGGUGCCAUAGUAACCAGAGUGAGCAAAAAAAAAAAUGAAACAAGCAUACAAACAUAGCCCUUACUGUCGUGUUGUCUACAUCUCCUAGGAUAGGUAGGAUAAUCAAGUUUAGUGACACAGUGAAGCUAAGGGCUAAAGUAAGGUUGUUCACUGUAAUAUCUCAUUAACCCAGCCUUCCUCUGAUUCGGUUGCCUUUUCCGCUAGUCCCUUCUUGUUCGAUUCUCCGAUGUGUCGGUAUUUACGCGAGUGGUUUGUCCUGUGGUUCAGGUGAAAAACGUGGUGAUUUUGAGAUCAACUCCCGCUCCUGUCCGUGUUUGUUCACUCUGAGGAGUUGUCUCGAUCACCUCGGCUCAUGGAGAAGCAGUAAACGAUCAGUGGCAGGGCAGGUCUUCAUGUAAGAUUUCAGCCGCACUGCACAAAAAGACCCGAACUGAUCCAAACUUGGCAGUCUACGAUGCCUAAGGAUACAUGCCCUUAGUUCCAUCACAUGAGGCUGCACUCUUCUCUGUAAUAUACAAUCAUAUUCUUACUUUCAAUCCAUAGCAUUGUGGGUAUUUGGCGAACAGAUCCAAACCAUGGUGCUACGUUUAACUUGUAGAAGUUUACAGAAAGCGGUCAGCACCGAAGUGGUGCGAGUGAUUGGAUGCACGCAGGCCGUUGGUUAGCUGACACUUUGACUAAAUGCGGGUUAGUUAGCCAGUCAAAAGCUCUGAGCUCUUAGAUGUUGCUUUAUUUUUAUUUUUAUUUUUUGACCAGGACCCAAAGGAACUUUUGCCUUGUAGUGCAGAACACAUCCCUUUAAUGUCAGCGCUAAAGACUGAGAAUUGCCUUUUCUAGCCCUUUUUCUUCAUCUAGUGCAUUGAACACGAACAAACAUGAUUCAUUUGAAACGUCCGUUGUGUUUGUUGUUCAGUUGAAGCCUGUUUCACACGCCACAUGCUUAUCAACUGCCCUUUGGUUCAACAUUGUCAGUAGAUUUUGAGUAUCACUGCCCCAUAAAUUUGUGUCUUUGGCUGUCCGGUACAGUGUGUGUGUGUGAAAGUUUAUUCAUGAAGACGAUGUGACCUGUAGGCUAGUUUAUCCAGCUAGAUUAUGAAGCCUGCUUUCUCAAUCUGGCUCUUGACCUCAAGCCUUAACUGCCUAGAAGUACACUUGAAAGACUAUGAGAAUUAGUUUUAGUGGACACCGACUAAACCGAGACCCAGAUUACGAAGUGUCCUCAAGCGUGUGUGUUUUGUUUAGAAAGCCAGCUCAUUCAGUAUGCAUGUUCAGGGCUGGUUCCCUGAUCAUAUAUUGAGGAUGUACGUACACUAGUUUUCUCUGAAUCAUUAGUGUGUGUGUGUGUGUGUGUGUGUGUGUGUGUGUGUGUGUGUGUGUGUGUGUGUGUGUGUGUGUGUGGUUGUGUGUUUGUCCAGGAUUAGGUCUGGUCAGUGUCCAGCAGUGUUCGGGAGGACCUAAAGGAUUUCUGUUAAGCAUUUACAUAAGCAGAGCCACUAUCUGCACACUUCAUUAACCAGGAGGUGUUUUGGGCACAAAUUAAAACUAGCCAAGGAUCAAACGAGUAAACAAGGUUUGGUCUAUUUUACUUCCAUUCUAGAGUUGUACGUGGAGACCUGAACCUCCAAAAGUCCACAAAUCUUACACUUUUCUACUGCAAUGCCAGCAUUUAGUAAGGGCUUCUGCCAGCUACCCCACGCAUCGUGUUCUUAUUUUAUCUCCACUAGGUUGAGAUGGACUCGGUGAAUAGCGCCACCAUUUGCAGAAAGACUGAACAACGUUUCUCUUUGCUUGGUGCUGACUGAGCUGCUUGAAAGUGUUACGGUCAGAUGUUUUCUCCCUUCAUUAACUCUUCCAAAGAGCUCUCGGAGCUUAUCCUUCAUCUGUGCUGUUUAAUGCUGCUGCUAUCGCUGCUGCUGCUGCUUUCGCCAAUCGGUUUCGAUCUGGCCCACACUUUGUUGACCCUUUUCUCGUAUAACGACCACCAUUUCACCGUCUCCACUCGGCUUUUCCUGCCUCGCUUUGUCUGAUUGGCGUUCUCUCUACAAACAAGUGCUCGUUUUUGUUGUCCGUGGAAUGAGGCGUUUUUGCAUGUGCGUAUGAUGUGAGCUAACUCGGUGCCUAAUGUUCACGUUUUGAGCAGACGUAGGAACCCACUUGCACUCUUUAAGCUCCCACCUUCGGUGUGCCUCACUUCCAACGGUGCUUUUUAUUUCUCUGGUCUGUCGAUCCUUUUUUUUUUUUUUUUUUUUUUUUUUUUUUUUUUUUUUCCUUCUUCUUUCUUUUUCUUUUUUUUUUUUCUUUUGUAAGGUGCUGUAAAUAACUUGAACAUGUUAUGCACACAUAUCCUACCCAAUGGGUAGAAACCACAAAAGAUAUUGUUAAUAGUGUAAUAUAAUGUAUAGAUGGUAUAAAAAUUUAACACAGUGGUAUCAGGUUUGUAAAUGCCUACAGUCGAAAUGUGCUUUUGUCUUUUCUCUUUUUUUUUUUUUUU